UGUGUUGCUAGCCCGGAAGCAGCCGACCAGGUGGCUGCGGGGGUCAAAUGGCGGAGCUGUCGGCCCCACCACCGGUGUACGUGUACAGCCCCGAGUACGUCGCGCGGUGUGACGUCCUCUGCAAAGUCCCCCGGAGGGCCAGUAUGGUGCAUUCCUUGAUCAAAGCAUACUCCCUACUUGAUCACAUGAGAAUAGUCCGGCCCAAAGUGGCCUCCAUGGAAGAGAUGGGCAGCUUUCAUACUGAUGCCUACUUACAGCAUUUACAGAAGGUCAGCGAGGAGGGUGAUGAUGACCACCCAGAAUCUGUGGAUUAUGGCCUAGGUUAUGACUGCCCUGCCACAGAGGGGAUCUUUGACUAUGCAGCUGCUGUGGGAGGAGCCACCAUUACAGCAGCGGAGUGUCUGGUGGACGGCAAAUGCAAAGUAGCAAUCAACUGGCCUGGAGGGUGGCAUCAUGCCAAGAAAGAUGAAGCUUCUGGCUUCUGUUAUUUGAAUGAUGCUGUUUUGGGCAUCCUGCGGCUGCGGAAGAAAUUUGACCGUGUCCUCUAUGUGGACCUGGAUUUGCAUCAUGGGGAUGGUGUUGAAGAUGCUUUCAGUUUCACCUCCAAAGUCAUGACGGUCUCUCUGCACAAAUUUUCACCAGGGUUUUUCCCAGGAACAGGAGACGUGACUGACGUGGGCCUGGGGAAAGGGCGCUAUUACAGUGUCAAUGUGCCCAUCCAGGAUGGUGUCCAAGAUGAGAGAUACUAUCAGAUAUGUGAGACGGUACUGAAGGAGGUCUACGUGGCAUUCAACCCCGAAGCUGUGGUUCUGCAGUUGGGAGCUGAUACUAUUGCUGGUGACCCCAUGUGCUCAUUUAACCUGACCCCUGUGGGUGUUGGCUGGUGCUUGAAGUAUGUGCUGCAAUGGCAGCUGCCAACCCUAAUUCUGGGAGGAGGAGGAUACCAUCUGGCCAACACAGCGCGCUGCUGGGCGUAUCUGACUGCAGUCAUUCUGGGGAGAACGCUGUCCUCUGAAAUCCCAGAUCACGAGUUCUUCACAGAAUAUGGCCCUGAUUACGUGUUGGAAAUCACACCAAGCUGCAGGCCAGACCGCAACGAUCCUCCGAGAAUCCAGGACAUACUCAACUGUGUAAAAGGGAAUUUGAAGCAUGUGGUUUAGAAGGAAAAGGAUGGCUCCCCAAUUGAGAAUGAUGCAGUUUGCUGCUGCCAGGGGACUUUGGAAGAAGAUGCUGCCACCCCACUGCUCCAGGGACUCUACGUGACCAUUGAUACUGUUGACAACCCACUUUUUAAAAGAAGUAGCAUGGGGAGGGGGGCUUGCUAUGAUGGUUUUUAAGAAGCGAGGUAGCAUUUCCAUGUGUGGCUUUGGUGCUCAGUUUUUUACCUUGUUAUCUACCUUGUGGGGACCACUGGUACAGCUUGCCUGUCUCAAGGGAGGGGGGCGCUAUACCACUAGGGAUGAGGGAGUGGGGCCUUGGGCCUUCUGCCUCUUGGAAUGGCUGCCUCCUCGUUAGUGGGAGAGAAAUAGCUUUUAAAAACUGUUUGAAUUUAAAAUAAAGUAUUUGAUAUAUUUG